AUGGCUUCCGAACAGAAUGCCGUCUACUGCACACUUCUGCUAAGCGACAAUUACCUGCCUGGGGCGAUGGUCCUGGCGCAUUCCUUGCGCGACAAUGGAACAAGAGCGAAAUUGGUGGCCCUGUUCACACCGGCGACCCUCCGACAGGAAACAAUUGAUGAAUUAAGGACCGUCUACGAUGAGCUGAUCGCGGUGCAUUCUUUCCUCAAUGGCCGGCCCGCCAACCUGUGGCUGAUGGACCGACCAGAUCUCAUCGCCACCUUCACGAAAAUCGAACUGUGGCGCUUAACCCAAUUUGACCGAGUCGUAUACAUCGACUGCGAUGUCGUGGCCCUGCGCGCCCCCGACGAACUGCUCACGUUGGAGGUAGAUUUCGCUGCCGCCCCGGACGUAGGCUGGCCGGAUUGCUUCAACAGUGGCUUGAUGUCUCUCCGGCCCAAUAUGCAGGACUAUUACGCUCUGAAGGCUCUCGCGGAGCGGGGCAUCAGCUUCGAUGGAGCCGAUCAGGGUCUGUUGAAUAUGCAUUUCCGUGACUGGUAUAGACUAAGCUUCACAUACAACUGCACCCCCAGCGCAAACUACCAGUAUAUCCCUGCGUACAAGCAUUUCCAAAGUACCAUCAGCCUGAUUCAUUUUAUCGGAUCGCGAAAGCCGUGGAAUAUGCCUAGGCAUGUGGUCCCGAUGGAGUCGCCGUAUAAUCAGCUGCUCAACAAGUGGUGGGCUAUCUAUGACAGACACUACCAUCCCCAAACUUUGUCUACUCAGCAGCCAUCCCAAAUUUCGCAAGGACCAGUCGUCAUACAGCGAUUGUCGAAUACAGCCCCGAGUGAUGCAAUUCAAAUUUGGCCGGAGCCUCGGCAGGUCCAUCAUGAUCACAGUAAUAGUCAUGGUCCUGGUUCUGGUGGUCAUGGCCACUCGGAUGAUAUUAUGCCAACUCUCAUAUCGCCGGAAACCUCAAACGAGCAAUCAUUGUGGCAGCAACACUCUGCUCGGGAGUCGCACGACCACGAUGCACCACAACAAGCAGCUCCGCCAGCAGAGAGACCGGUGUUGAGCAUAGUACCACAAUACGUCCGCGGCGAAGAACAUGUUUCGACUUAUGUUCCCCCGCAGCCUAACCCACCGGCACCUAUUAAUCAUAUCGAACCUCACCUUGAAAACCAGCCGGUACACCAGGAGCACCACGAGCAUCAUGAACAUCAUGAGCACCAUGAACCGUCCCAUGAUACAAGCCAUAUCCACCAUCCACGGCCGGUACCACCACCACCGGCUACGGAAAUCUUCCACCGACCCCCAUCGCCCGAGCCCGAAUCCCCCAAAUUCGAAGCACCAAAGGCAGAAUGGGAUGCCGAACGUGAGCCACCGCCAUUGAACACCAAACCCGAAGGAAUCAGCCUGCAACAAAAGACCUACACCAUGUCCGAAGACACAAAGCUCUUCCAACCACCCCCAUCGUACCCUGAAGCCCCCAAAAACAUGUACUACCAAGUCCCCGCCACAAAACCCGCCCCGCAAAAGAUAUCUCAGAUUUUUCCCUGGGAAAGCCAUGCCGCCAGACCAACCCGCGUCUUCGCAGAUGAACAAUCUCCUCCUCCUGCUGCAUCUCCCGAACAACCAUCAACCCCAGAACCUACAUAUCCCAAUCAAGCCCUCGCGGCGAUCGACACAACCCCAACCCGGAUCCCAUUCGAACCCUCAGCCGAGUCAUGGGAUAGCUACUCCCGCUCCAACGCCUGGGAUGAAGACCCCUCGAUCCAGCGCUACAUUGAAUCAAUCCAAGCGGCCCGGAAACCAAAGACCCAAGUCCUCACCAGCGACGGCGCACAAACAAGCCCUGACAACCAAUCAGCCACUGCCGCCGACCACCGCCGACCAAGCUUCCGACUAACAGACUUCCCAACCGAAGUGGAGCGGCCCAGUCUACCUGUCACGCCCGCACCAGUCGAGCGUCGGUGGUCCGUAGGCAAUGAAGGCGAUUCUACCUCCGCGGGGACAUCCCUGCUCCCUGCUGCUGAGGGUGUGCCGGAUCAGGAGGACUGGGUGGGUGUCACGGUUGAUGCGUUUUCUCAACUCCUCAACGCAACAUACUUAUUGUGGCGCUCUACAGAAUCCCCUAGCUCGUCUCGAAGAGCUUCGUCGGAGGCAGUCCGUGGGGUUGGGGUUUCCGGAACUUUUUAG